AUGGUGUCUUUCUGGCCCUGGAAGGGCGAUGAUACUUCCCCCGCCGGGUUCGAAAAAACCUUGUCAACCUUGUCCAAGAAGAUCGCCCAAUCGACCACGCGACUGGAUCAACAGCGACAAGCAGCCCGUCGCUUUAAGGCCCUGUGGACACUUUACUCAACUUUUGCGUACCUGUUCUACUCGAUCAUCCUUGCCUUGGUGGUGGGUUGGGAGACAUGGGGUGUGAAGGAAUACGCCGCCAUUGCGGGCGGCCCCGUGCUAAUUCUUGCAGUACGCACGAUUAGUACUCGUAUAUUUGAGUAUCGCGUUUCACGCAGUCAGCGUCAUGUCGACGAGCUGAACAAACAGCGUGACAUCACGAUCGAAAAACUCAAGAUUGCAACCAAGUACAACUCGACUCAGCAGCUCCUCGAAAAGUAUGGCGGCGAGUCGCCCCAGGCCACUCCGACUCCGAAGGGAGGUUCCAUCGAUGGUCGCAAGGAGGUGUCACCCUCGCAGAAGCAGCAGCAGCAGCAGCAGCAACACGUGGCACGUACGGGUCUCCCUCCUCCUCCAACCGCCAACAUCCGCCGUCCCGCUCCUCCUUCUCCUCAAGACCAGCCCAUGCCUAGUCCUGGCGCCCCGUCUUCGUCUUCUUCCCUCCAGACGUCCCAGCAGCCCCAGCCAGCUUUCGCUUCCUCGCCAUCUCCUCCUCCCGUGGCCCAACAAUUCACUGAUGACCCGGGCUUCGCCCCAAACGCGUUCUCAAACUCCGGACAAUAUAUUGAACAGACUCGCUGGUACGAUAGACUCCUGGAUGUUUUGCUGGGUGAGGAUGAGACACAGCCACGAAACCGUAUGGCCAUGAUCUGCGGGUCAUGUCGUCUUGUGAACGGCCAAGCACCACCGGGCAUUAAGACCCUUGAAGAACUAGGCCGCUGGAGAUGCGGAAGCUGUGGGGCGUGGAACGGCGAAGAGAGCGAAGCCACGCAGCUCUUGUCUUCAUUGAAGAACAAGGUGGGUUCAGAUGAGGGUAUGAGAGGUUCUGUCAUGACACCUGGGAAUGAAGAAAAUGGCGAGGAAUUCAGUGACGAUGAAGUCAUGGUUGCUGCUGGCCCCAGUGACCAAGAUGAAGAUAGUCUUCAAAAUCUGGCUGAGCCGUCCACCCCCCAAGUUGAAGAGCCAAAGACAGAGCCUGUUCGCCGGUCUAAGCGUGGAAAGGGCAAGCAGUACGAUUAG